CAUUCAUUAGCGCUUUUGUGACUCACUUCCCAGGGAGCAGGCCCCUGGAUAAAGGUUCCCGGCAGCCUCACCUCCCCGCGGCAGGUGCCCGAGAGCGCGGCACGGCUCUGCCCCCGGUGCCCCCCCCCCCCGGGGGGCCCCCGGCCAUGUCUGCGCUCGCGGCCAGCGUAUCUCAGCGGCGGCGGGCGGCAGCUCACGGUCUUGGCUCCCAGCACAAAGCCGUCAAGUAUUUAGGCCAGGACUUCGAGACCCUGAGGAGGCAGUGCUUGGACUCGGGGGUCCUGUUCAAGGACCCCGAGUUCCCAGCGUGCCCGUCAGCCUUGGGCUACAAGGACCUUGGACCACACUCCCCCCAGACUCUAGGCGUCGUCUGGAAGCGACCCCCGGAGCUGUGUGCCAACCCUCACUUUAUUGUUGAUGGAGCCAGGCGCGCGGACAUCUGUCAGGGAGACCUGGGUGACUGCUGGCUCCUGGCGGCCCUGGCCUCCCUCACCUUGAACGAAGAGCUGCUUUACCGCGUUGUCCCCAGAGACCAGGAUUUCCAGCAAAACUACGCGGGGAUCUUUCAUUUCCAGUUCUGGUGGUACGGCGAGUGGGUGGACGUGGUCGUGGACGACAGGCUGCCCACCGAGCACGGGGCGCUGCUGUUCCUUCGCUCCGGGACGGGCGGCGAGUUCUGGGGCGCCCUGCUGGAGAAGGCCUACGCCAAGCUCAACGGCUCCUACGAGGCUCUCACUGGAGGGUCUCUGGUGGAGGGGUUGCAGGAUCUCACAGGCGGCAUCUGUGAGUGUUACGACCUGAGGAAGCCUCCGGCCGGCCUGUUUCUGAUCAUCCGGAAGGCCCUCCGCGCGGGGUCUCUGCUGGCCUGCUCCAUUGAUGUCUCCAGUGCAGCUGAGGCAGAAGCAGAGACCACAACCUCCCAGAAGCUGGUGAAGAGCCACGCGUACUCGGUCACUGGCGUCGAAGAGGUGGAUUUCUGGGGCCAUCCCGAGAAGCUGGUCAGACUCCGGAACCCGUGGGGUGAAGUGGAGUGGACGGGGGCGUGGAGCGACAGUGCACCAGAGUGGAAUCACAUCGAUCCCAGGAGGAGGGAGGAGCUGGACAAGAGAGCCGAGGACGGGGAGUUCUGGAUGUCAUUUUCGGAUUUCUCGAGGCAGUUCUCCCGGCUGCAGAUCUGCAGCUUGUCCCCGGACUCCCUGAGCGGUGACCAGCUGCACAAAUGGAACCUGGUCCUGUUCAACGGCCGCUGGACGCGGGGCCCCACCGCCGGGGGCUGCCCGAGCUUCCCAGGUGAGGCAGAGGGCCGAGGGGGCCCAGGCCCUUCUGGUGCGCCCUCCCAGGGCUGGCUCCCGGCACAGGCCCCGCGUCUCCCUGGGCUUGGGGACCCCGGCAGCCCCCCACCCGAGGCCUGAGCCCAGCUAACACCGUCCCUCAGCUUCUGCGUGUUCAGGGUGUCCUCAGGCCCCCCACCGCCCCCGCCCCCCCAAGGGCCUGCUCCUUCUUGUUUAAUGUGCCCUUGGCCCCCGGUGCCAAGGCCCCCUGCCCUUUCCUUGGGCUCCUCCCGGCCCCUGGCGGACAGCCUCCCGACUCCGAGAACCUCUGCUGCUUCAACACGCCGCAUCCCCCAGGGUGCGUGUGCACCUGGGGGGGCAGUGGACACGGAGGCGGAGGGGCCUGAGCCUGGGGGUCCGGACGGCCCCUCCGCCCUCUCCCGGGGCCACCGGAGCCCCACCCCGGUGGGGACAGCCUGGUACAACCAUCCACAUCUGCACGCCCUCGUCCUGCUGCGGGUGGGGGGCCCUCCUGGCUCCCAGGACGGCACCGACACACGGGCGCACUGAGAAACCCACCGCACGUCUCUAAGGAGAAGUGGAGGAAAGCAAAGCCCACUGUCUGCACCCCUCCCUCCCCGGCGCCCCACCCACCCCUGCCUGGUUCCCUGCCCUCCCUGCUCUGAGGCCUACGGCCCCACCGGCUGGUGGAGACCCUCGGCCCCCCAGGCAGAGCUGGGCCAGGGCUGUGUCGUGCUGUGCACGUGGCCCCGUAAUAAAGUCCCACGUGCGUGCAG